UUGAAGUUACCGUCGAUUGUCGACCCAAUUUCCUGCAAGGAUAACACAAAACUCCCUAGACCGUCGGUCACGUGCCUUUGGUUAUUUGAUCCUUUGUCAGAGGUUGAGGUUCAAUAUUUUCACGAGGGGACUCCUAAAUAAAUGAUGGUCAUUCUGCUGCGUGCUAUGUGAUCUCAUUCAACGUACGUAACAGAUUUUUGCGUAAUUUAUUUGGACCCGUGAUAUAUAACAAGAAUCAUUGAAGAACUCAUCUUCUGCGUGUUGGGUUAAACACUUGACUGAAAGAGACACAUCAUCAUCAUUAUGCUCCGAAAAGGACUGCCACACUUUGCAGUUGGGAAGGUUAUCAGUGGUUUCCAAAGAGGGUCCAAGGAACUAGGUUGCCCAACAGCAAAUUUUACCCACGAAGUCGUUGAUAAUCUGCCUAGUGAUGUGGAGACUGGUAUCUACUAUGGAUGGGCCAACGUAGACGAUGGUCCUGUCUAUAAAAUGGUUAUGAGUGUAGGCUGGAACCCAUAUUACAAGAACGAGAAAAAAUCGAUGGAGACACAUAUUCUGCACAAUUUUGAAAACGAUUUUUAUGGUUCUUCACUGAAAGUCUGCAUGUUAGGGUACCUGAGGCCAGAGAAGGAUUUCAAAUCUCUAGAUGAGCUAAUUGAGGCUAUUCAGAAUGACAUAAAGAAUGCAUCUGAUACACUGGAUCAGCCUGAGUGGCAAAAAUUCAAGGAUCAUGAUUUCUUCCUGCCUAACAAAAAUGGACUGAUUACUAAUGGGAAUCAUCUGAGUUCUUUGUAAGCAAUUGACUGGAAUUAAACCAAUGAUACCAAUUUAGUUACUUAAUAAAUUGUUAUCUCUUCUUUUUAAUGGUGCAUGUUGUGAUUUUGGCGAUCAUAUUUAUUUUAAAAGUUUACAAUGAAUUAUUCGCCCUGUAGAAAACUAUUUUUUGCAAUA